UUUAAAACAUAUGAGUAAUCAUGGAUUUUUUAUUCGUGAAUAAAAACACUGUAUUAAUGUAGAAGGAUUGCUAAAAGCAUUAUCAGAACAAAUAAAUAAGAAUAACACAUGUUUACAUUGUUUUUAAACAUUCAAAAAUAGUCAUGCAGCAAAAGAUCAUAUGUUAGAUAAAGGACAUUGUUUCAUGCCUUAAUAAGAAUAUAAAGUCUUAUCGAAAUAUUAUAAUUUUGAGGAAAAAUUAUUAGGAAUUUUGGCAGAGUAAAAAGAACAACAAUUAUAAAUUGAAGCAAAAAAAUAAUAGUUACAAUUAAAAUAAGAAUAAAAAUUUGAUGAAAAUGAAAAGAAAAAUGAUAUCUAAGUUGAGGAUGAAGGAGAUUGGGAAGAUGAUGAAGAUGAAAAUGAAUUUUCAGAUGAUGAUGAUAAUGAUGAAGAUUUGAAAUUAAAAUAAAAAUAAACUGAUGAAUUACAAACUGAUGAAGAAUUAAGACAGAAGAGACUUAAAUAAUUAUUAAAAUAAAUCAGUAAACAUAAAGCCACGUUAACUAAAACUGGAGAAUUACUAUUACCAGAUGGAAAAUUGUAAUCCUUUAUUAUUUAAAAUUAGAUUGGGUCAUAGAGAUUAUAGAAAAUAUUAUAAGUAGAAUCAUAUUCCAUUUAAAGUUCCAGAAACUGAACCACUUGAAGAGUGUAUGAAAUCAAUUAUAAAAUAUAGUAAACCUUGCAGAUGAAAACUAAUUGGCAUUGUUAAGUAAUGAACUUAUAGUUGGACAUUUGAGACAUUUCUAUUAUCAAAAGACAAGAACAUAAGCACAUGGCUAGACUAAAAUUGGAUAAAGAAACAACUUAAUUCAAAUGAGAUGGUUAAGAAAAUCUUGUUGA